AUGAAAGGAUGGUCCAAGACAGAAGAUGAGGAUACUGUGGUUUUUGAGUUUCUCCAUUCACCUUAUACCCUACCAAAAUUAGCCUUGUCAGUUGCUACUGGCCUUAAUUUUUCUGUGGCUGUAUAUAACUGGUUCUUACCAGACAACCAUCCAAUCUAUAAUAACCACAAGAGAUCACUUAAACAUACCACCAUUUCCACCCUUAUGUCCACUUUGGAAGGAGCUAAAAUUUGUGACGGUCUCACUAAAGAUGAACACGCCAAUGCCAUGUGUGAAGAUCCCAGCCCGUCGGGUUCCAGUAGUCUUAUGAGACAUACAAUUCCCAUUGAAAGAAAGCAUUAUGAAGAGGAUGGUCCACCAUUUCAGGCUCAUGUUUUCAUCCGGUCUGAAAACUGUGAGUUGCUUUGUGAUGACAUUUUGUGUUCAAGUUGCAUGAAGCAGGAAAGAUUCCUUGGUAAAAUGAAGGAGAGUAAUGACAAGCGAACAGUUGAGCCACUCAAGAGCAAUGCACCCCUGUCUGGUUCAAGCAAGGAAAGAUUGGUCGCCACUGUUCAAAAGCAAAGGAUUGUUUGCAAGGAGCUUGAAGGUCGGAUAGCUGAACUGGAGAAAGAAAUUGAAAGGAACAGCAUUCCUAUUGAUGAGACCAUGGAGAAAGACAUCUUGGCAAUUCUCGCUGAUGAUGGUGACGAAGUAACCCCACACAUGAAAGUUUUCUGGGAGCAACAUAGAAAACUACUAUCAAUACCAAAAUUUGGAAGAAGGUACCACCCUCACAUUAUCCGUUUUUGCCUGUCUGUCCACGCCAAGUCCCCAGCGGCUUAUAGAGAACUGCGAGAUUCUGGUAUUUUAGUACUUCCAAGCGAAAGAACAUUGCGGGACUACCGGAAUGUUUUCAAACCCAGGGCAGGUUUCCAUCCAGAAAAUAUUGAACGAUUGAGGAAUCAAACAAGCCAAUAUUUUGACAUCCAGAGGUAUGUUAUCAUUUCAUUUGAUGAGAUGAAAAUCCAGUCAAAGUUGGUAUUUGACAAACACUCCAAUGAGCUGAUUGGCUUUGUUGAUCUUGGAGAAGAAGAGUUGAAUGUCAGCAGUGGAUCAUCUGACCUUGCAACACAUGCCCUGGUAUUUUUUGUUCGAGGUGCUGCCAGCAAUCUGAAGUAUGCCCUUGGGUACUUUCUGACCAAAGAUGUUACAUCAUAUCAGAUAAUGCCCCUGUUUUGGAAAGCAGUAUCUGUGCUAGAGAUGAGUUGCAAUCUCUGGGUUUGUGCAGCUGUCUCCGAUGGAGCCUCACCUAAUCGCCUUUUUUAUGAACAGCAUGCUGAUCUGGUGGAACCUGGUGGUGACGUGGUAAAUUACACACCCAACCUCUUUGCUCCAGACAGGAACAUUUUCUUUUUCUCGGAUACUCCACACUUGCUCAAGACAACAAGAAACUGUCUUUAUAAUUCUGGCAGUGGCAAGCGCACACGGUAUAUGUGGAACAAUGAGCAGUACAUGCUUUGGGACCACGUCGCCAAGCUGUAUUAUUCUGAUCUUGACUCCGGUUUACAUCAGCUUCCCAAGUUGACUGUUGAUCACAUCAUCCUGAAGUCAUAUUCAAAGAUGAAAUUCAGCUUGGCUGUUCAAGUGUUGAGCAAUGCAGUUGCACAAGCUCUCCAGCGCCAUUAUUCAUCAGGAGAGGCAGGUGAAACUGCCAGGCUAUGCAAGAUGAUGAAUGAUUUUUUCGACUGCAUGAAUGUCAGAUCCACGACUGAGCAUCAGAAGAAGCGCAAUGCCUUGCUAGCCCCAUACCGACGUGCGGAUGAUGAGCGAUUUGAUUGGCUGCAGAAUGUCUUUCUGGAUUAUCUGAAAAGUUGGAAAUCAUCAACUGAAGCAAGAGAAGGAGAUUUUUCAAAUGAUGACAGAGGGCGUAUGUUUAUAAGCAAACAAACAUUCAAUGGACUGAAGAUGACGGUCACUUCAGCCAUCGCUGUAACCAAAUUUUUGUUAAGCGAAGGCUUUGAGUUUGUCCUAACAGAACGUUUCUGCCAGGAUGAUGUAGAGGAGUACUUUGGCUACCAGCGUGCACAAGGGCGAAGAAGUGACAACCCAACAACAGCUGAGUUUGGAUACAAUGAUUUAAAGAUCGCCACAUUGAGAGAUGUUGCACCCCAAUCUGUGCAAGGAAAUGUGUCUGGACGGCAUUCUGGCAAGAAAAGUAAGUGGUAUGGUGUAAGUGAAGAGCCUUUGCCUAAAAAGAAACCAACCAAGAAAACAAAAUAA